GACGUGAAUGUGCACCAAGUUAAGUCGUCUGUCUUGUUUCAAAUUUUGGUUGAAGCUUUCGAGAGUCAUAAACGUUACGAUGAAAACGAAAUUUGCGGAAUUACCUUGUCUAUCGGAAUUGGAACACGCGAAGUUUAUAAACGAGGAGCUGACUCCAAAACGCAGGAACUGCACCAAUGGACUGUAAACGUGAUUUGACACGCAAUUCAGACCUUCUUCGGGCACUGACGCGAAAUAUUGAUCGAUCUUUCUGCGUUUGUUUGGUGCACGUUCUUCGCUUACUAUUUGAGUUGCAGGAAGUUCAACCUUAGAAAUAUCAGCAGUACUAUGUAAAUCGGUUAAUAGGUGGUUUACUUUUAAGUUUAAAAGCGCUCGUAGAUCCUAGUAUAUAAAAUGUUAUUUUUUUAUCAUACGACGCAAGAUUAUUCACUGAUCACAAUUGAGCACCGCAACGAGUGUUACAGAGCUUUCCUCGAGUAGAUUGAGCCUAACUCACUUUGUGCAAAAUGUGAGUGUUUAUAAUGUUUCGCUUCUAAAUAUUAUAGAAUUAAUUGCUAACACUUAAAGUUGCGUUGAUUUUGAGUGGACAUUAUAAAAGAUAAUUCCAUCGAGAACAGUUGUACAAUUGAUUGUUCGUAACUAAGUAAAUGUGCACAGGUUACCGUUGUUCAUUACAUAAAUGGAUUGGUUUCAUGCUCCAACGAACGAGUUCAGCGGUCUAUGGAAAUGUGGUGCGAACGCUUUGGUAGGCGUUGCAAGCUAUUUAAUUGUGCUAUGUGCAUGGGAUUUACGUUUCAAUACUUUAACAAUCUCAAAAAAUUAACAGUGUUAUAUUAGGCAAAACGAUGAAGGCGGCUUUUUAAAUAAAAUGUCAAAUCACUUUUUUGCUGCGAACCUGUAAUGGCGUAAUGUAGAUGAGUAAUCAGAACAUGGAUGUCGAAAAUACCAAAGAUAUGAGCAAUUCCGGUACAACAAUUGACGAUUCGAGAUUAUUACCUGGCCGGGAAGAAAAUGGCUUGAAUUUGACGGUUGCAGGAAAGGCAGACAAAGAUAUCCCUGAUGAUAAAAUAUCUUCUGCUAAUGAUAUUAUGCUGGAAGAUUCUCCACUUGAACUGAAGGCAAAAGAUGAAGAUUUGAAUGAAAAUGAAUUCUUUGAUCCAGUCCAAUUAAAUGAUAAUCAAUCAAUAAAUGAUAGCUGCACAGAUGUUCAAUCAAAAUAUCAGAGUGAUAAUGAGAGUUCUCCACCUUCCACUGCAACUGAACCAGGAAGAAGAAAAAGAAAACCUUCAAGAUAUCAUGAUUCAAUGUUUGAUAUUCCAACAAAAUUGAUGAAUAUAAAUAGAACGAUAAAUCCUGAGGAAUUCAGAGCUUUUCAUUCAAAGUCAUCAAAAAAUAAAGAAAAAUUGAAAAAACUUCCAACAGUGACAGAAUCUAUGAAAGAAAAACCUGCAAAGACGGAAACUGAGCCUACUCCAGCAGCAGUGCAAACGUUUUCGAGAACACCUGAAUUUUAUGGUUUUGAUAGUCAAAAUUGUGAGGAUGAUCUUUUGGAUGCCAACAAUAUGUUCAAGUUCAAGAUGCGUAAAGAUCAUGUUAUACAGAAUGCCAUUGGAGGUCCAUCCGCUUACAGAUGUGAUAUUUGCAUGAUGUCGUUCCCAAGGUCAUUCAGUCUGCGACGUCAUUAUACACGUCGUCAUAUCAAUCCAAAAUAUGUUCUGCCUAAAGCGGGAAGCAUAAAUGUGACAGAUACUGAAACAGCAGGGUUGACUAAUAAAGAUCAAGAAGAAGCACCAAAUGAGGAAGGCGACUUGGAAUCGAAAUAUUUGUAUGCUUGUAAAAUGUGCUGCAAAGAACUCAUGUAUUUUCAACACAAAAAUCAGCUGAGAACUCAUUGUUUGGAAAGUCACAACACUGAACCUCGACGAUCAUCUGUCAGUGUUUUUAAAUGUGAAUUGUGUAAGAGAUCAUACUCAACAAGACACGAACUUCAAAGACACAAACGUACACAUUCUGGCGAGAAACCAUAUGCUUGCAACUUUUGUAGCAAAACGUUUCCUACUUCAACAAAUGCAAGGAGGCAUGAACGCACACACACUGGUGACAAACCUCACGUUUGUAAGGUUUGCAACAAAGGUUUUAUCCAAAGAACUGAUAUGGUAAAGCAUCUUCGAUCUGUUCACAAAAUGAAAGUUACUAAAACAAAGGCAGAAAGAGGAAGCAAUGGCAAAUCUUCAAAAAUAAGCUUCAUGGGACAAGAAAAAUGUGAUUUGUAUGGUGUAGAUGGAAGCAAUGAAUUUCAAGAAAAUAUUGAUUUCGCUGCUUACUUGAAAUUAGAUCAGCACGACAGCGGAACAUUGAUGGGAGAGAAACGUGCAGUGAGAACUUCCCUGCUCCCUAAUCCUUCGAAGGAUCAGCAAGAAAAUAACAGUAAUAACUACCAGAAUGCCGCUGGAAGUCAGACAAAUAAAGGAUUAAUAGGACUUCCACCUACUCUUAAAGUAGGAAGUGAUGGAAGACUAGAAAAAUGUCAUCGCUGUCCUGAUUGCUCCAAAAUGUUCACUACUAAUAUAAACUUACGAAGACAUCACAAGCUAAAACAUGAACGUAAUCAGCUGUAUCAGUGUGCAGAGCCUGUUAGUAUGGUUGUUGAAAAAUAUAAGAUCAAAAAUGAUAAUGCUGGAUUAGUUUUCGAACAAACACAAAAAUUUCAACAAAUGGAAACUGAUAAUAAAUCUGCGAAUGUACAAAUGGAACAAUCUCUCGAGACCAAUAAAGAACAAGCAAAUGUGAAAUCUGGAGAAGACAUCACAGACGUUGCUUAUACCCAAGCUAACAAUGAAGGAGUAUUUCCUGAUGCUACCAGCACUCAGGAAAAGCAGAAGAAUCAAAUAGCUAUUACUAAAGCAGCUUCAACAAGUGAAAGUGUUUCAAAGCGAACGAAGGGACUUUCAAAACUCAGUAGCAUUGUUCAACGAUUAGCUAGCAAAAGAAGUGCUGAACAACCAGGCCAAAUGGAAAAAGGCAAUAUGAAAGGAGAACAGCGUUCAACUAGUCCACCUGAUCUUCAACCAAUGAUAAAACUUGAGCAGAUGGAAACACAAAUGUUUAAAGAUUACUUCUCUUCUGAUAAUACUGAAGAAAUGUCACCAAAACGAAAAAGACGGAAACCUAACAACGUUCAACAUGUACGAACGCAGGCAUCUUAUAACAAUAAAUUACAAAGUUGUAUCGAAAAUGAAAAAAUGGUGAAACUUCAAAAAGACAGAGAAAUUGCGAGACAAUUUCAUCAAAGACAUCACGUAACAGAACAGCAUAAAAUUCCAAUUCCUAAUCUGAGAAAAGAUGAGAAGGGUCCUUAUCAUCAUGUGUUUCACAACAAUGAUAAUAAAAUUCGUCCACCAAACUUGAGGAAAAUACUUCCAAAUGACGUUAUAGGCAGAUUUUCUGAUAGAGAAAGAAGCAUUCUUUCGCAGCAGCAGCAGAAAAUGCGCAGAGAUAUUUACGAAAAACAGUCUAUGAUUAGAGAUAGAAGAAUGGCUGAAUGUCCGGAUAUAUCAAAAAGUUUUGCACCUCUCACUUCUCAACCAUUUCCAUUGCAUCAUACACAUCGCCACCAAGGUCCUUCAAGCCCGGGAUCCUCAAAUCCAGCAGAAUCAUCACGUAUCCAGGCUUUCCUUUCUCAGUGCUGGAGCUCAAGAAGACAUGAUAUUCCGAAAAAUGCAAUAUUGGAUAAAAAUAUGCCAUCUCGCAAAUCAAAUGAGAUGAAUAAAAAUCUCAGAUAUCAUAUGCGACACAAUCCAACUAAAAGGAUCAAUGAGCACUUACCAGCUUCUGCAUAUUUUUCCCAUAGAGAUCCAAUGGCAAAUGUAAGAAGUCCGCCUUAUGUUCCUUAUCAGCAGCCAACUAAUCUUUCAGAAAGAAAGUUACUUAGCGCCCAUGCUAAUAAUAAAAUGUCUCCUAAACCUGGAAUAGACAUCGGUGAUGAUGAAAAUUCACCGCUCGAUCUAAGAGUACAAAGUAAAAAAGUUGUUCCAGAUUAUGUAGUGACAGACGACGGAGUCCUAGACUUUAGUCGAAAAUCAACUGAAAAUAGAACGAUGCCACCCCAAUCGACGGCAAAUAGUACCAAUCAAGAUCAUAUGAGAAUAAAAAUGGAAAGAAGAAUUGAUGUAAAUGAGGAAAGAUUUUCUCAUAAUAAAACAAACCUUCCAAUUCCAAGCCCUGACUACAUGCACCGCCAAUACCACCCUGACAAUAUGCCUGGAAAUUCAAAUUGGCCUGACAACAGUCCUAGUCACAUUUCCCAACAUCAAAUGCUUGAGCAUCGUCGAGCUAUUAUACAUGGAAAAAGUCUUUCCCCUCAGACCAAAAAGCCAUUCAAAUUUCACCCUGUCAAUUUUAAACCACCACCAGUACAUUCUGCAGGUAAAGGAUACACAAUGGGUGAAAUGAGAAAAAAUAUGCCUCCACCUCCAUUGAAGCCUUUCAGAGACCAUCCUCGUAUGCCUGGACAUCUCCCACCCACUAUACCAAUACCACCUGAACAUCGAAGGCCAAUUCCAAGUAUGAUAUCACAAAGACGUCCAUUACCAAAUCCGCCUCCUGGUUGGUGUGUACCAAAACAAGAAAUGCUGAUGCAACAUAUGAAUGACCAUCCAUCACAUAAACACCACAUGAAUUAUCACCAUGGGCCCCCAUGUUCUAUGUGCGAUGUGCCUUCAAUGCCAUUGCCUCGGCGCCAAAGCGCAGAGUUUAUGCGAAAACCAGGGUUUCCAUUCCACAACAAACCACGUGAAAUACGUACCCACAACAAACCACAUAUCGAAGAAAGUAGACCAGCUAUAGCGAAACCUGUACAUAAGCAGCCCCCGAUGCAAUAUAAAAUGAAAUCAGCACCCACACAAAAUCCUAAUUCAUUUUGUGAUCAAGAUAUGAUGGAUCGAUGUAUUCGAAAAGCGCAACAAGCAUUGAAAGUUGAAACUUUAGGUGAAUUUGAUAGAACAGAUGGUACGGAAAGUAGAGAAAUGGUUCUCCCAGACCCAACGCCAGUGUUCAGAUCAUCGGUCCCUAUCCUUACACACAAAAAUGAGGAAAUUAUCAAAUCAGCAUCAACGAGUGUUCAAGAUAAAAAAGAUAAACUUCUGGCAUGUCCACCUCGUCCACCAAGAGUUUCAGCUCAUAUUCUGGAAACUGCUCAUUCUGAAAAGAAAACAAGCAUAGUGCCAGCAUUCCCAAAUCAGAAAAAGGAUUCACCAAUUGGACCUCCACCUCCAUUAUUUUCUGAUGAAAAAACUGUGAAACAUUCAAGUAGUGAAAAGAAAAUUACACCAACAGAUCCAGAAGAAAUAUCUAACAAAGAUAUACCUGAAGAGGUUGAUGACAAUCAGCCUGUGAGUUAUGCAAGACAGAAUCUCACAAUGACUCCUGAUUUGGAUUAUACUCAAGAAGAUUCAUCAGAAAGUUCUAAAACUUCAUUUGAUAAAGAAAUUAUCAAAGAAAGUGAAACUGUGUCUGAAAUUGAUAAAGAUGUAUCCACUGAAAGCCUGAAUGGAAAAGAGGUUUUAGAAUCUGAGGAUUCAUCGACACAAUUAAUGAAUGCAGAUAAUAAAGAUCAGAAGAACGUCACAUCAUCAGAGAAAAUUGAUGAAAUGAAGGGAAGUCUGUGCCUAACAGAAUAUUCAUCACAAAAUCUUUCUGAUUCACCAAGUUCAACUUCAUGUCCUGAAUAUUUAUCGAGUGAACUAAAAACAAAUUCAACAAAAAUAUCACACAGGAGACACACUCAUACUCAUCGCCCAGGACAUAGAAAAGACUUUUCAUCGCAUAAGACAAAAGCUUUGAAGCGAUCAAACAGCAGUGAGUCCCCACAGAUUGAAGAUUUAACUGACAAUGCGGAUUCUAAAAAAGUUAUCAAGAAAUUGAAAUUACGAGUUAUAAAAUCACCAGGAUCAGAGCACAAGAAAUACUGGACCUUAGUAAAACAAGAUCAGCAAGCUAUUGGUGCUAAAAGAAAUCUUGAACAUCCAAAACAAUCUACUAGUGAAGAUGCUUCACUGCAAAAACCGGAAAUUGAAAAUACAUCUAUUGAAAAAGAUGAAGAAGCAAAAACAAUUGAACUAGACAUUAAAAUUGAAACAAAACUUCCAGAGAAAGAAAAAACUUCAGAAACUGAUUUGAAAGAUGAUCAGAAUAAAGAACCUACCAUUAAGAAUGAAGAUGAGGACACUUCGCUCAAAAAUACACAAAUCUCUGAAAAGUCUUUGAAAUCCAAGGGAGAGGGUGAUAAAAAAGAUACAUCAAUUGUAGAAAAAACUUCAGAAUUGGAGCCAAUCGUUUGCAUCAAUCAAUUACCCAAUCAUGAUGGUUACAGCAUUUUAACAAAUCAACAUGUUGAAAGUGCGUUGUCAGCCGUUUUGGAUCCAGCUGAGGUACAGAGUGAUAUUGAUGAAGAUACUGAAAAAAUUGAUUCUCAAAGUGAUAUUUUGGACAACUCAAAUGAGGAAAUUACAAAAGAAAAAAAUCUUCACAGAGGUGUCGCAAUGAUGCCUUCGAAAAGAUAUAAAUUGAAGCUGAAAUCAACACUCGAAACUGUUGAAGGCAGAGAUCUAAGUGAUGAUGAACAACAAUCUGAACCUGAGCAAAAAAUUGAUGACAUGCGUGACGAUCAUGGACAAUCAUAUGAUGUAAAACAAGUUGCAAUUAAAAAUGAAAUUAAUUCUAAUAAAGUUGCUGCCGAUAAUAAAUAUCUUCCUGUUAAUGAAACUUCUGAAGCUGAGAAUGAUAAUGCUGCACAGUUGGAUAAAAAGAUCAUUGGAACUGAAAAUAGUGGAGCUUUUGUUGAAGAAAACAAAAAUACAAAAGUUUUAUCGAAAAAUUCAGAUGACAAUAUUUUCACCAGAAUGACGAAAGAUGAAAUUGAGUUUGAAUCAAUUCCAGAUACCGAUGCUUUUGGUAUUACUACAAAAUCGGAUGAUGAUGUCACACAGAAAUGCCCACCAAAUGAGGAUACAGCAAUGGAGAUCGAUGACAACAAUAAUAAACAAGAUAUUCUGCCUGAGGAUCUGACAAAAAAUGGGGGUAAAAAAUUUAUACGAAAGACUCGUUCCACAGUGACAGGUCCGCCAUUUGUAGGUAAGAAAAACAACGAAAAGAAAACAAAUGUUACUGAAAAACUUCAUCCUAAAAAUAUCAAAAAAUCAGAACCAGCUAUGUUGCCUACUAUACGAUCUAAUUCUGUACGAAGAUCUCAAAGAAUUCGUAAAAGCUCCUCAGAUAAAGAUGCAGCAACCCGAAAAAAGAAAUGAUUUUUUGAAAGAAUAAAUGAAUCUUACUCUUACUGUUUUCAAUCACAUUCGGCUUGGUCUAUAGGGACCUAUAUGUAUAGGGAAAAGCAUCUGUUAGUUUCAUGCUCGACUGCCAAUGCUUUCUUUCAUGGGAUUCCGAGUUCCGAACAUCAUAAAUCACGAAAUCUGGUAUUAGAUCGAGUCUUCUCAUGGACUUUCCUUUCCUCUAGAUAAAUUUGAAAAUCUCACUAUGCAGGUUCAAAAUGAUUUUUAAUCAAACCUUUUUGUAAAAAAAAUCAUUUCACAGAAUACAAGUAUCAAUGAAAUAUUGCCAACUUGGUCAGAUAUUUGGCUUCAUUCUUAAUCUUAACCAAAUUAAAAUGCAUUUUAGGGAUGAUUUGUAUUUCACGAGAUAAUAUGGUAAUUAUUUGUUGCUAUAAGCAAAUUGUACAUAAUUUUUUUGUAUAUUUGUCCCUAAAUUAAAAAACAUAUAUUUGAAUUGUUUACACUAGCAGUGAAAAAUUUCGCAGUAUGUGAAGAAUUGCUGCUACCAUCUGAUAACUGCAUUUCUCUGAAAUUAAUAAAUAAUGAAUUCUAUUUUAAAGGAUUCUUUUAACUGAGGUCACGUGCACUGGUAUGAGAAGAGUGAAAUAGUUUGUUGUAUAGAACUCACUCGAUCUCAAAAGGUAUAACUUGCAACUUAACAAUGUUAUACUUGUUAACGUUCCAUUAUUGAUGGUUUAUAGAUGCAUUGUCUCGUUUCUUCAUUGAUUGUUUUCCUUAAUUGAGUUUUAUCUGGCGGUUAAAUUUAAAACUAACACAAGUUUCAUCAUCAUAUAUUUACUAUGAAGAUUAACUUGUAUGUAUAUUCAAUUUUUCCUUGUUUUAUGGUAUUUUUUUUUAUGCUGCUUUUAACUUGUUUAUGGUGUCAUAAUGAACCUUUUCAUGGUUCACUGUAUUUUUGUAUGAAAUCAAACUGCUGUUUUUAUGUAUAUGUUUAAUUUGGAACUAUAUUUUUGAACGGAUGAAUGGAACAGAUGACUGUAAAUUCAUUCAGUCAGUUUACUAUAAUAGUGAAUUAAUAAUAAACGUUCAUGGUACACGAUAAAUUUUCAAUGGAUUUUUGUCCCGACAGCUAUUAUUAUCGUUAAGUGCUAUCAAAAGAAAACAUCGUGUUCUAUUUACGGUUUACCGGCAUGAAAUGCUAGCAAUAAUGAUAGUACACAACUUUUAACAUGUUAUUUCAUUUCUCUAUUUGUAAUAAAAUGAAUCAAAUCAG